AUGGGUCACGCUGCAGGUCUUCGCGCUGGCACGAGAUAUGCCUUCUCGCGAAACUUUCGCCAGAAGGGCAUGAUCCGUCUGUCCACCUACCUCCGACAAUACAAGGUUGGCGACAUCGUUGAUAUCAAGGCAAACGGUGCCGUUCAGAAGGGUAUGCCCCACAAGGUCUAUCAUGGCAAGACCGGUGUCAUCUACAACGUCACCAAGAGCGCCGUGGGUGUCAUCAUCUACAAGAAGGUGAAGCACCGCUACAUCGAGAAGCGCAUCAACCUCCGCCUCGAGCACGUCUCCUUGUCCCGCUCGCGUGAGGACUUCAUCAAGCGCGUCAAGUCCAACGCAGCGGCCAAGAAGCAGGCAAAGGCGGACGGUGUCACUGUCCAAGUCAAGAGAUUACCCGGCAUGCCCCGCGAGGCACGAACGAUUUCGAUGAAGGACAACAAGCCCGAGACGGUGGUGCCGAUUGCGUACGAGACGACUAUUUAG